AUGAACCGAAGCAUUCCUGUGGAGGUGGAUGAAUCAGAACCAUAUCCAAGUCAGUUGCUGAAACCCCCCUCACAAUAUUCCCUGGCGGAGGAGUCAGAACCGCCUGCUCCAGAUGCAAGGAACACGGCACCUAACAACUUGUCUGCACCCCCAACUGCUCGGUCUUCCUCCAGAGACUUUCCUCAGGCUCACCCACCCCUGCAACUAUCAAAUCUCCAGCAGCCUGUGUCCCCGAGGGUCACCCACCUGCGCGCUAAAGUCUUGGCAGAGAGUGAAGACAGCUUGUGGAGGAGACACCUGCAUCCCAGCAAAGACUUCCCCUCAGGCUUCUCUGCAGCCGGGGAGCCCGAGACUCAGUCUGUGGCUGGAGCCCUCCCCCAGGAGCAUCAAUUUUCCCUUACAGAAAAGCCGAAUCAAUGGCUGGGAUCUUGGCUCUCAGCAACUUCCCCGGACACUGGCCAUGACUCUGACAAAUCCGACCAAAGUGUACCUAAUGCCUCAGCAGACCCCCAAAGUGGUAGCCAGGAGAUGGUGCCCCGGCCGCAUAGGAGCCGAGCAGCCCCAGACCCACCUACAAUAGACACGGGGUAUGAUUCACAGCCGCAGGACGUCCUGGGCAUCAGGCAACUGGAAAGGCCCCUACCCCUCACCUCCGUGUGUUACCUCCAGGACCUCCCCAGACCGCUCAGAUCCAGGGAGUUCCAUCAGUGCGAACCUCAGAGAUACCCAGCGUGGGCACAGAUGCUGCCCCCCGAGCCCUCUGUGCAAGCUCAGUGGAAUUAUCACUACUAUUGUCCUGGAGACCCCGACCACCAAGUGCCAUAUGGCCAUGACUACCCUCGAGCAGCCUACCAGCAAGUGAUCCAGCCAGCUCUACCUGGGCAGGCCCCACCUGGAGCCCAUGUGAGAGGCCUGCACCCCGUGCAGAAGGUCGUCCUGAGUUUUCCCAGCCCCUGGGACCAAGAAGAGAGGGCUCCACAGAGAAACUACUCUCCCACAGGUCUCCCCAGGUAUCAGGACCAGCUGUAUAACCCGCCACCUAAUAGAGGUGGAGCUCCUGAAGGGUCCUUGGAGUGUCCUGCCGAAUUGAGGCCACAGGAUCCCCAGGCUCCAUCGCCAGCUGCUGUCCCUAGACCCCCGAGUCACCCUCCAGCCAGAGGAACUCUGAAAACAAGCAAUUUGCCAGAAGAAUUGCGGAAAGUCUUUAUCACUUAUUCUAUGGAUACAGCCAUGGAGGUGGUGAAAUUUGUGAACUUUUUGUUGGUAAACGGCUUCCAAACUGCGAUUGACAUAUUUGAAGAUAGAAUCCGAGGCAUUGAUAUCAUUAAGUGGAUGGAACGCUACCUUAGGGAUAAGACAGUGAUGAUAAUCGUAGCAAUCAGCCCCAAAUACAAACAGGAUGUGGAAGGCGCUGAGUCGCAGCUGGACGAGGAUGAACAUGGCUUACAUACUAAGUACAUUCAUCGAAUGAUGCAGAUUGAGUUCAUAAAACAAGGAAGCAUGAACUUCAGAUUCAUCCCUGUACUCUUCCCAAAUGCUAAGAAGGAGCACGUGCCCACCUGGCUUCAGAACACUCACAUCUACAGCUGGCCCAAGAAUAAAAAGAACAUCCUUCUGCGGCUGCUCAGAGAGGAGGAGUACGUGGCUCCUCCCCGAGGGCCUCUGCCCACCCUUCAGGUGGUCCCCUUGUGA